UAAACAGUUAAACAUGGCGUAAAACCUGUAUUUGGUCAGCUGACUGAGUUGAAGCACAGCUCUGAGAUAUUUUGGAUAAUCGUAGGUUUGUCUGCUUUGGUCAAGUUAACAAUUAUAAACGAGGGCCUUAUUUUAUAUUUUAAAUAAUAAGGCCGACAUACGGCCAUAAGUAUAUGUAUCGUCGGAUGCGUCCGUCAAAAGUUGGGGGGGGGGGGAGGAAUAGUAUAUUAAUAAUAAUAAAUAUAAAAAAAUAAAAGCACCAUUGUUAUCGUGUAAAAACGGAGAUAUAAAUGCUAGGCUAUUUAAAUUUAAGCUUAGACUUAGGCCACAUUUUCUACAUACUGACUCAAGUAUCUUAUUCUUAUUUUAUCUAAGUUAUUUGUGUAGUAUGAGUAUGAAGAAAGGCAGGAGAGCAUGCUUCCUCAGUAUGAUACUUAUACUUAUGAUAUCAAUACCUAUAGCCUACUAUUGACAAUAAUAGUUAUAAUUUAUUACAUUUUGGUAAAAGUGUGUAGUUAGCUGCAUGGAUUUAGCCAGGACUUGUCUCACCUUAAGUGCAGUGACAUCACUUUGGGCAGUUUGGGGAAUUUCAACACUGGACUUAGGGUGACAGGACCAACACUUUGACCUGAACUUAUAACUGUCCAUUUCUUCACUGAGCAGUUAAUAUGAAUUAAACUGAAAAUAAAUGUUCCAUUCGUUUUUAUUAAAAUUUAACUUACAAAUUUCAAAAGAAAUCCUUGUUAAUACCCCAAGAUGAACAGCAGAAAAAAGACAUGCACAUUGUUAAAAGUGCUUUCUUUUUUUAUUGUAAAUGGGAAAAAAAAUUAGGUUCCUGCAAGAUUUUCAUUUCUAUAUUGUCACAAUUUCACUGGAUAUUUCAACAUAAUUUUCUGGGUAGGGGAUACCCCUCCCUGCACUUUCAAGACAAAAAUUAAAAUGAGAAAAAAAAACUUUAUCAAAUAAAAACAGAGCUAAAAAUUGAAAUCUUUGAAUAAAUGGAACUAUGGCCAGUAGUUGACCCAGGGAACCUCCAUGACCUGUAUACAGUGGAAGACAUCACCGGCCCUGCCACCAACUGCAUUUUAGCCCUACAAUUUUCAUCAACUGAAAUAGGUUGUAAAUUGUAAAGAAUAAAACAAGGUCAUUGACAUUAUUGACUCCUCAACUCACUUGAAUGUAAAUGUAUGAAAGCCACUAAAGAAGAGCUAACAAAAUUGCAAAGACAGUAGGAGUAGGCCUUACUAGAAAAUCAAUAGCUUAGCCUAAACUUAGGGGCCGUCCAUAAAGUAUGUCGCAUCAUUUUUUUUAUCCCCUUCCUUGCUCUUCCUGUCACAAGAUCUGAACCCCCACCCCUAAAGUAUGUCACACUUUUGGGCUAAAAAACUAAAAAUAUUUUUUUUUAAUUAACAAAUAAUUAAAUUAACUAAUUAACAAAUAAUGUUAAACACACUUACUAUUAAAUUUAUAAAAGUAAAAUCUUCUUUCAGAAUGUCAAAAGCCUUCAAUAGCAUUACGAUUUUAUUAAUGAAUAAGCCUACACAUUUGAAUUUGUAGUUGUACCUUCUUUUAUUUAGUCUUAUACACUUUAUACACUCAUUCUGUUUGGGGAGAACUGGGGUUAAUGCAUAUCAGGGAUUACAAUCUUUGGCUCAGGUGGAGUAUCAAGUUAUUAGUACCAAUGUAAGUCCAGAGUUACAAACCAGAAAGUUAAUUAGAUUAUAAAUGCAAAUUUCUCAAACAAGUCUAUUUCAAAAGAUUUUUCUUUUCAGGGGACUAUUUACUUUGUUUUAGGGUCUGUGUGAUCUACAAUGUCAAGAAGCCAACAGAUGCCAUCGGUUGUGCUCAACCAAUGUGACCAAAUGAGUGAGGCGACUAAAUUUUCUGCAGAGCAAAAUAAGUAUGUAUAUUUCCAGUCUUUGAACUAUAUUUCUUUAGGCUGCAAACUAAAUGAAUUAAUUUAUUUGUAUUUUCUAAUUUUGCUUUGACUUAAUUUUUGCUCAAUAUAUUAAACGCUAAUGAAUACUAGUUUUAAAAAAUUGUGUUUCUUAAUACCACUACUGAUAACAACAGGACCUUAUUUUUAUAGACUACUGAUUUUUCCCAAACUUCUGGUUUCAAAAAUCGUUUCAGAGUAAACCUUUAAAACAAUUAUUUAUUUUAAUGUUGCAAUAACAAAUUUGCUAAAAGCAAUUAACUAAAUUGUUAAAAACCAUUUUUUUAGCACUGCUUUGAAAGCUAGUGUUGGUCGAAGCAACUCAGCACCACAGUCGAAAAACAGAUUCACUGGAGAGAAAAUGGGCCUUUCUUCUAAACCUGCAGCUGACAUGAGCCCUAAAAGACUAGUUUCAAAUGGGAGUCACAACAGUUUAUCUGAUGGUGUUGUGCUCCAUGUCGAUCAAGAACAAGCUGGCACUAGUGUUGUGUCAUCCCAUGUAGUACCUUCCGCAACUAAAUUCUACCACAAAGAAGACACACCAAUGGUCAGGUCAGAGCCAAAACCUGAUGACGUCUGGCAAAGACGAGAGAAAUUUGGUGCUUCUGGUCGAUCCCAAGAGCUUGAUUCACCACAAUUAAUUAAAAGAAAUGGAACUUUGUUUGAGAAUUCUAAUGCCUCUGCUGAGUCUGUGAAAGGGGCCACUACUAAUUUAGAAAGUAUUGAAAGUAAUAAAGUAACAUCUUCUCGGGAAUCUUGCAAUAGCACUCUUAAUAAUUGGGGAGAUUCUGGAACACAUCAAAGGUAUAUGUUUAUGCAGUAAACUUACGCUUUACGGGUCCCCUCUUUUCAUGUGUUUUUUUUUUUUAACUACUUUUUUUGACGUGGUCACCGUCUUUUUUUCCCAUAACCUCUCCUGUCAUGGCAACAAAGAUGACAGCUGUGUAAAAAAAAAAUGUUUUUGUUGCUAAAAACCUUCAUACCUAAUGUCUAUCACUCUACCAAAUCUGAAAGCUAAAUGUUCUAUAUGCGAAAAUCAGUGUCCCUAGCUCAAGCGUAAAUCUCCAAACCUAAAAUCAAUCACUAGGUCUAGACCUAACCUGAACUCUAAAACCAUGUGUUCGUGUGUUACACACUGUAGUGCGAAAAUCGUAAAUGUGAAUUAAAAUAUUCAAAAUAAUGAAAAUCAGAUGAAAUUUUCAUCGUAAUACACUUUUACACACUUUAUUACAGGUUCUGCCAAAAUUAAAAUCCUAAAGAUGUCAUAAAAGUCAAAAUACAUUUUUUCUAAAUGAUCUGACAGUCACAUCUGCAAAAUAGCCUCAUUUUAAAAUAUAAUUAACGGCACUACAAUAUAUUUAUAUUAACAAUUCAUCUAUAAAAAAACAUUCCAUAGAUUUCUUCAUAUAAAAAAAGAGAAUAGUUAGCUCUAGUAACAUUCUGCGACUAAACAAAGGGGAGUUCACUUAUCCACAGAAACUCAUGGGACUCGUAAAGCGUAAGUUAAAAGAGUAUGCUAACAAUUUGUAAAGUUAAGAGCCACUUGACUUUGAAUUUAAAUUCCAAUCAUAUCUGGUUAAAUGUUUAAUAAAUGAAUUUGAAGUUAUUGUUUUUAACUCUAAAGUGAAGCAUAGAAUGUAUGCUCAGAACCUUUUAGUCAAUCAUAGGUCUUAUGUAGUCUUGUUGAAACUAAAAUCUUGUUGCAAAUUUUCAUAAUAAAUAUUUUAAAUUUUCAUAAAAAGUGGUCCAGAAAAUCCAGAGACUGAUUGCCGAAAACACACUCAACGCUAUCCAUUUAGACAAGCCCAUUCUGAAGUGAUACUGCCCAGUGCGUCUGAGAGAAGAUUGUCCUUGGCACAUGUGAAGGAGAAGGGCUAUGCAAGGUUGGAAGAAGAGCUUAUGAAGGCCCAGAAAGUAAGUAUUAAAACAACUUGAACUGACAGAAUCAAUUGAUGGUGAAUAAUUAUUCUUAAGUUUUAAAAAGCGUGCGUUACAUCAUCCAUAGUUUUGAUUUGCCUAUUCUAGAUAUGACUCAAUGUUAAAAUCAUUGAGCUUGUUUAAAUAAAGCAUUGCAAAAAUAAUGUAAGUUAUGUCUUAUUCAUCCAAAUUUAUUUUUAAUGUAUCAUGUUAAACAAAGUACAAAAUAAAAAAACAGGUCAUAAUGUUAUAUUGCUAUUAUUUAAUGUAGGGUUUUAUAAAGGAAACAAAAUGUUAGUGUAUAAAAUCAUCAGGUCUCUUUAAAUAAUAGUUUAUUUAUUCCUGAAAAAAUUAAAUUAUUAAAUGCAUAAUAUGUAUGAUAAAACAAAAGGAUACUAUCGCUUACAUGGGAAACAUUUGGUACUUUUUCCAAUUCAUUACAAAAAGCAAUUCCGGUACCGGGUAAUUAAAAUUUUAAUGGUGUCUGACAUUUGUCAGCCUUAAGCUGUUAAACUUAUUAAUAUUUUUGGGUGCAAGAUGCAGUUAACCAUACUAGUUUUUGUAUAGUGAAUGUAUGGAACAUUGUCACUUUGAUUGAUUGUUUCCAAUACUUGGAAAUUUAUUUGUCUUUAUUUUAAAUAGGCUAUUCUUCAUUUUACUGUAUUUUAUUAAUUUUCAAUUUUCCACAAUUUCUGAAUUUCAACACACAAAAAAUUCCAAUUUAAAUAUGUUGUUUUCAUUUGAUACACAUUUCUUUUUUUUAAGGCACUGGAAAUGAAGGAUGAAGAAGUGGGUGAACUGAGGGGUAUCAGAGAGAGGUUAAUGAAGGAAGUCAGCGAUUUUACAGCUGCAUUGUUUGAGGUAAUAAAAAUCAAAUUUAUACAACAUAUGCUUAAAUUUAAGUUAAUGAAAAUAGUUUCCACAUUACUAGCCAAAAAAUCAGUUUAAAAAUCUAAAAUUUAGUCCAUCAAUUUCUUUAUGCAGCUUUUAAUAUACAUAAUGAUAAAAUGUAUUCAUAUAGAGUAAUAAUGUUAUUCCGCAGGAAGUAAAUUCCCAACUGAACUCAGCAGCUCUCAGUGAACAGCAAGCCAAAAAACAAUUACAAGAAGCUAACACAAAGGUAAUUCAAAAUAAGGAUAUUGGCAUUAUAUUAUAUGAAGCUUUUUUUUUUCCUCCACCUCGAUCAAAAUCCAAUUAAUUCUCCCUUUCUUCUACACUAGAAUAUGUUCUAUUUAAUAUGCCUAUAGUGUAGAAUUAUUAUUUUUUUAUACUAGUUUAAUGCAUGUUGUGAACAAUAUGUACAUAUGUUCAUUAUGCAGUAGAGGGUUGAUUUUCCAAACGCUGAUUAUCCAAAACACCAGUUAUCUGAACGAGCCUGUAUUCUGUAAUAAUAUUAAUACAGUAUGCAAUUUGCAUGGUAUAGAGCAGUGUUUCCCAAAUUUUCAAGUCUAACAUACUGGUGGACAAGUUUCAAAAUUGCAUCAGGGACUGGUAGCAAAUUUAUUUAUUAUAUAUUCUUUUUAUUUGACCAUAAAUAUUAAUGUUGUGCGCACCGGUAAUGUAAGGCUCACAGACUAGUGCCAGUCUGCAGACCACCAUUUGGGAAAGGCUGGUAUAGAGCAUUGGCAAGAAAAAAUUUCAAACCCCUGUGCCAUCAUCCAGGUAAAAUAAUUAUUAUAUGUUGUUUUUUAUUACAUGCCGUAACUAUUUAACAACGCAGCUGUUCCAUUGGAGUUUUCAGUUCUUAAAUCACCCCUGUUCCCAAAUAGUUGGGAAAAUCAAUGAUCUAUUGUACAUUUUUGAUAUGUUAUCUUAUCUUUUCUUUUACUUUGUUUUUAAAAUUAAUCAUAAAAUGAAAUAAAUGUUGUUGUUUUUUGUUCUUUAUAAGUGACAUAUCAUUUCAAUUUUUUUUAGAUUGAUGUAUUAAUUGCUGAAGUUGCAGCACUGAAAGAUCUGGUCCUCACAUCCACCCCAAGCAGCCCCAACAAGCACCUUCAUCCUCAGAUAGAUUCUCCAAAGAAAGAAAAAGGUGGUAAGCCGUUCUGGAAAACCCACAGGCGAUCCACUAGUCAUCACCAGUUCACAAAGGAGUCGAGGGAAAAGGCAGAGGCAACACAGCACCAUUCACAGCUUAAGGAGGUCAGAAAGUCUUUAACAGAAAAAUAAUUAAACUUAUUUAAACAUACUUAACAUUAAAAUAUCUUGGUGAAAAAAUUUUAAGACUAUUUUAUUUAUUGUGAAAAGGCAGUAAAAAUAUUCUCUUGCUUUUAGAUCUUGAUAUUUGAUAGUUUUAAAAAAUAAUAAUAUUAAAUAUGCUUAUAUAUAAUUCUAAACAAAUAUUAUUUGGUAAAAAAAUGAGGUAUGUUUAAAGUUUUAAAGUAAGAUUUUAACAAAUAAAUAAUAAAUGUCAUUUUUAUGCUUUCAAAAAUCAUUUCCUAAAUUUAUAUAAUCUAAAAAGAUUAUAGUUUAUAUACGCAUAAAUUUUUCUUCAAGCAAUAUUUGUUACAAAAAGGAAAAGAAAUGUCAAAAGCUUAUUUUAUUUAAACAGAUGGACACAGUGGCAUUUGAUGAAUUUUCAAGAUGGCGUCUUCAGCCAACAAUGGAGUUCACCGGACAGUUUUUUACUAGAGUUCAACAAGAAGAUAUUCAUCCUUGUUUAAAUUUCAAGAAUACACGAGUAAUCUCUCAAUUUAAAAAAAAAAUAAUAAAAAUAAAAAAUGAACACUUAGUAUUAAAAUGUUUGAGAAAAAAUAUCUUUGACAGAAAUAGACAUUAAUUACAAUCCAAGCUGCUGGAAACAAAAUGAGGAAUUAAAACUUAAUAAUCAUUAUGUUGAACAGAAUUUAUUUAUUUUUAAUUAUAAAUUUAAUUCAUGAUUGACAGUAAUUUUUAUUCAAAAUAUUUUUACAUCAAAAAAACUUUUGCAGUUGGCAGACAGAAUUCUUCAAAGUGUUAAAAACAACACCUUAUCUAUUGAGCCAAUUCCAGGGGAUCAUUCAUUUCCAAGGUGAGGUUAUUUGUUACCUUACCUAGUUGUUUUAAAGUUUUACAUGUCUCUAUUACCUUUUUGGCACUGAAAAAGUAAUAAUUUUUUAUAUACUAAUGUUACAGUUUUGUUUUUUAAAAUUACAAUUGGAGGAAAAGUUAUCAAUAUGAAAUAAUAGCUAAUCAAAGUUUUAAAUAUGAAUAUUUCAAUAAAGCUUUUUUUAAUUUCUUCAUGAUUCUGUUGAUUUCUUGUAAUUUCAACAUUUGUUUAAUUAUAAUUAAAAUUAAUUUAAAAAAAAAAUAAUUAUAAUUAAAAUUGUAACAUCUUGCAGGAAAUGCUGUCUUUCUGAUACUCAUAAAUUAUGUAAUUAUAAAAUCAAGUUUGAGGGAGAUGAGGAAUGGUAUUCCAUAUCCCAGAUGUCCAGAAACAGGGUAUGUUAAGAAUUAAUUUUUUUGGAGAAGAGUCUUUAUUAUUUCCUCAUACAUAUCUCAUAUACAGUUUGGGAAAUGAAAAUGUAUGUGCCCUUUUCUCAUUGAUGUAGCUAAAUCAUAAAAAUAGUCAUCAACUGUCAAUGCCUAAUUCAACCCACUGCUGGAGGUGGCAGAAGUAUAUAUUUUUUUUAAAAUCAGAGGCAAGUGGAAUGAAAAUCCUAUUCAUUAAUAUAAAAGAGAUGUUUAUUGUUAAAAUAAGUCAUGCAUCAAUUGGUUCUGGUGGCUGUGUACAUUUCCAUUGACUGGAGUUAAUUAAAUGUACUAUCUCUUUUUUUACCAGAUAGCAGUUGUUUGUGAUUUCUUCUCCUAUCUUCGCUACAUCGUGCAGGGCCUUGUUAAGUGCUCAGGUAGGUUAACCCUUGCUUUCAGUGAAAGAGUAAUGGAGAUAUUUAAAUUUCAGCUUUUUUUUUUCUAUAUUUAGAUAAUGAUUAUUUUUUUUAUAGAUUUAUUAUAAAGCUAGAGAAUAAAUAAAAUGUUGUUUUGUCUUCAGGAGAUUUGAUUGACUGAUAACUAAUUUUAUAAAUUGAUUAUACCACUCCAAUAUACAAUGGCAUUUUCUCCAUUUCUAAUUUUAUAAUGUGGCUAAAAUAAUCUCCGAAGUAUUAUCAAUGUAGAACAUAGCUAUUUGCUUUUGCUAUAAAAUCUAAAUACUUAACCUUAAGUAAUAUUAAAUAAUGAAAAAAUGAGAAAGAAUGGUUUUGCAAUGUCCUAAGAACAAUUUAUGCUCUUGAAUUUUAAAUUUGAUGAGUAAUGAUUUUCAGCAUUAAGUUGAAAAAUCUUUUUUUCCAUUCCAGAUAAAGACAUGUACGCAGAACUUGUGAGGCUCCGAGGUCAGAUGGCAUUGGCCAGACUGGGACUUAUAUAGGCCUUAUCUAAACUAGUCAGUAUCACAAACUGUUACCGAAACUGAUCACUGACCAAAUAUGUACUUACAGAUUGAUAUUACAAUGUUGCUAAUCUGAACAUGGUCUCAGGCAAUAAAUGAAACUGAUAUAUGCACAAAUAAUUUCUGUUGUUACAGUUUGUAUGUCAAGAAGUUAUAUAUAAGUAUAUGUAAGUAUGCAUAAAGUUGUUGGUUGGUAUAAUUUUUAUAUCAAGAAGAAACAAGUUUGCAUGAAUUUGUUGGUAUUUUUCUAAUGCAUAUAACUUUUCACAUGUAAUUAGGUAGUUAGGUCCAUAUCAACCUGUAAAGUUCAACAAUUGUUUAACUUGAUUUUAAAAUUAGCUGAUGAGGUGUAUUAAAUAAGUGUUGCAGUGUGCAUGAAAUGUUUUAAAGACAUACUUAGUGAUAUUGGUAUGGUAGCCAUUAACAUUUUUUUAUUAUAAGAAAAUGGAUACUUAACUGCAAAAAUUUGACAAUUUUCCACUAUUAAGGUCCCAAAUGAACUCUCCAUUAUUAAAGUCCCAAAUGAACUCUCCAUGCUUAAGUUAAAACCCACAUGUUAACAUUUUUUCAAAUUUCCUUUUAAUCCUAAUUAAAAAAUUCAUGGUUUCAUAGUAAAGAACUAAGAUUAUUGUUUUGUUUUUUUUUCUUCAAUUUUAGCCCUCUACAUAAGACAGCAUAUAGUAGAUGUAUUUAAUCCAUCAUUUGUCUGCUUAAAUCUUAGUUAAUGAAAUUAGUUUCCACAUUGCUAGACAAAAAGACAUUUUCUCAUUUAGUUGGAUCCUUAGAGAAACUUUUACCAGUUGGUAUUAGAAAGUGGAUUUUGUCUGAAUCACCAUAUCAGGAUUAAAUUCACUUCAAUUCUAAAAUGCAACUGAUUCAUUUAUGAAAAAUUCUACAUAAUUAGUCAGAGUUGGUAUAGUAUUAUGGCAUGUUUUCCCCUGAAUAAGAGAAAUUUAAUUUAUUAACUGCUCACUUUCCUUAAAAGUACAAAAUGAAUGCCUAUGCCAAUUAAGUGAUGCUUCAGUAACAUGAAUGAUGCACUACAGUUGUUUGGAAACAAAAUGAAUGAGUGAUGUAAUUUUAUAAAUAUUUAUGUACACAGUUCUAAUGGAUUUGGAAAUGAUGAUAUUAGUAUUAUUAAAUAUAUAUUUUAUAUAAACUUUACUUUUUAUAUGUUUUUAAUAUUAUGUAAGGGAUUGUGUUUAUUUCUGCAUCUCUACAAAUGUUUUAAUGUAUAGCUAAACAG